AUAUACUUUAACUUUACAAAGAAUUUAUGCUAAAUACAAGCUGUACACUAGAAGUCCAGACACAGAUUCAGAAUGGGACUUCUUAGUGUGCUGCCGGUCCUUAUAUUCACCGGCUUCAUAGCAUCCUACUGUGAUGCAAGCAAGCCAAACAUCGUUUUUAUACUGGCUGAUGAUCUGGGAUGGAACGACGUCAGUUUUCACGGCUCGGAUCAAAUUUUGACACCAAACAUUGACUCGUUGGCGUAUUCCGGAGUGGCAUUCGGGAGGUACUACAGCCACGCGAUAUGUACUCCUUCACGAGCUGCACUCCUUACUGGAAAAUAUUCAUAUAAGACAGGAAUGCAAGGCAAUCCUCUGGGAAUGAGUGAAGAUCGGAGUAUUCCCACCAAUGUGAGGUUAUUACCACAAUAUUUCAAAGACGUCGGUUAUUCAACUCAUUUGGUUGGUAAAUGGCAUGCGGGCAGUUCCAGGCGAGAAUAUUUACCAACCAGUAGAGGGUUUGAUACUUAUAUUGGGCAUAGGGGUGGCUACAUAGAUUAUUAUGAAUACACUGUUACAGAAGUUUGGGAAGACGGUCCAGUUUCAGGACUAGCGUUGUUCAGGAAUCUUACUGCUGCUUGGGACGUUGAAGGUUACAUUACUGAUGUAUACACAGAGGAAGCUGUUAAAGUUAUUGAUGAUCACGAUUCAUCCAAUCCUCUAUUCCUGAUGGUUACCCACAACGCUCCUCAUGCUGGCGGUGAUACCGUUGUACUGCAGGCACCACCAGAAGUAGUCAGAGAGUUGAGGUACAUCGAGUCACCCGACAGAAGAAUGUAUGCUGCCAUGGUGAAGAAACUCGAUGAUAGCGUCGGCGAUAUCGUUAAAGCCUUACAAGAUAAAGGAAUUUUAGAAAACACGAUUAUUGUGUUCGCUGCCGACAAUGGAGGUAUGACGACUGGACUUUUCGCAAAUUAUGCUUCAAACUAUCCAUUGAGAGGAAUUAAAAUGUCACCAUACGAGGGUGGCGUGAGAGUUGUCGGGCUACUGUGGAGUGCAAACUUGAACAACACAAAUCAUUAUUGGGAUGGAUACAUGCACGUCACGGAUUGGCUACCAACUUUAUUAAGUGCUGCGGGCGUAGAACCACCUACAGACAUCGAUGGAGUUGACCAAUGGGAAAGUAUCAAUUCUAAUUCAGCGUCGCAAAGGAAAACGAUGGUCGAAAUCGAUGAUUACACAGGAUACGCAUCAAUAACGUAUGGAGACUAUAAAAUGAUAACUGGUGAACCCAUUCAAAGCCACAGUGAAUAUUUGGGCGGUGAUCUCAGAGGCCUCAUUGGCAGUCCGCCUUCAUAUAUCGAUACUAUUGCUGACAGCAAAGUAUUUGGUGCACUUCACUCAAUCGGUCGAACUUUCGAUAUGGACUUCUUGAGUUUGAGGAAUAAGACGAUAAUCAAUUGCGAUGCAUCUGCUACUUCUAUAUGUUAUCCUAGUAACGAUACGGUAUGUCUCUUCAAUAUAAUAGAGGAUCCAUGUGAAACAACAGAUCUGUCCUCAACUUACCCAGAAUUGGUUACAACCAUGCAAGCACUACUGGAUAUUGAAAUGUCAAAGAGGAUUCCUAGAAUUGCACCGGCUUCUAUCGACCGCAUGUCUGCGCCUAGUUUGCACAACUACACAUGGGAUACUUGGAUUAAUUAAGAUUUUGUUACAUAUGUAGUCGUAUUUGUCAUAUUUAAGCUAUUUAUUGUAAAUAGGUACAUCGUUUUGCAGUACGGUUUUUCGAUUUUCUUAAAGAUUAUAUUAAGCCAGUUGUUAAAAAUUAAAUUUUUAUGUAUGUAUGUGGCAACCGCACUGAUAUCUUAAUUUAUUAAUGAAUCAAU